AUGGAGCUGAAAUUAAGAAUGUCCGAAGUUCUUGCCUUUAUUGGUAAAAGUAGUAUCGAUACACGUAAUUUCAAAGAAGGAGAGAAAAUCGUUGAGGCAGGCCAUUUAGUAAGUGUGGCCAUAAAAGAAAAAGUCGAUAAUCAUGUUGUAAUAAUUGCGUAUUGUUUACAGGGAUCAGGAAUAGGAAAAGAACCUCACACUAUUGAAGUUAAACUACAGGUAAAUCUUGAAGAAGAAGAGUUCCUGAUAAACAAUGUGAUCUGUUCCUGUGUUGCUGGAAUCAGUGGCUCUUGUAAACAUGCUGUAGCAGUACUGUUAUUCUGUUCUCAGAAUAAUGUUCUGAAAUUGGAUGUCUUGUCCUCCACUGACCUAAAAUGCAGCUGGAAAUUCAAAAAGCCAAGAACUAUGCUUAAGUUUAAAGCAGUGCCAGUGACAGAUUUAUGCUGCGUAAAUGUAGUUAGAGAAAUGAAAGAUGAUUUGACGGAAGAAGAAAUCGAAAAAAAGAGACGGCGUAUUGUUGAUCUUCUGCCCGAUUCUGCGUUUGGAAAGCUCUAUUUACGGAAACGGCAAACUGUGGACCCUACCGUUUCAGUUUCAAAUACCUCUCAGCCAUCUAGUUCGAAAGCAGUGACACCUUUAGAGGAAUUGCUAGACUCCAUAUACAGAAACAAUAAAAUCAAUGUCGCUUUCGAUGUUCCUGGAAGCUGCGCUAAAGGGUAUGUUAUAUAUUAA